AUUGCGUCAUUUCAUAACGUCGUCUACCGAGGCUCCAAGACUCCGGGGCAUACGACUAUAUUAACAGAGCUCCUUCCUCAAGAAGUUUGAGCAAUUGCACCCCUUACCAAGGCAAAACAACCAACAGCCGUCAUGUCUCAGAAACUAGUUCCCUCCGACCCGUCCAAGGUCAUGGUCAUCCGCGAGGUUGUACCCAGGGUCAUCACGACAUUGUCCGUUCCCUUCUGGCGAUUCGGCAGAAUAAAGAUCGGUGGACGCGGCACCAUUGUGCGUCUUCAAUCCGGGUCCCUCGCCGUCUUCUCCCCCGUCGCCCUCACCGACGAAGUCAAAGCCAAAGUCGCCUCACUAGGAGAAGUCCGCUACAUCUGCGCGCCCGACGCUGAGCACCACAUCUUCCUCGGCCCCUGGCACUCCGCGUACCCGCAAGCGCAGAUCAUGGGCCCCGAGUCCCUUCCCGAACUGCGCGCCAAAGACAAAUCGAAGGAAGACGUGCCCUUCACUCACUUGUUCCGCGCCGACAAGCGAACCGAGACAGUCUCUCCUGAAUUCGACGCAGAAUUCGACUGGGAAUACGUGCACGCGCACGCCAACAAGGAAAUCGUAUUCCACCACCGCCCAACCCGCACCCUGAUCGAAGCAGACUACAUGUUCAACUCGCCACCGACAGAGCAAUUCAGCAAGACCGGCGUGGAUCCGAAUUCUGGGAUCCUCACCAAGAUCUUCGCCAGCUUGACGAGCACACAAGGCAAAGCUACGGGCCAGCAGAGGAUGAUUUGGUGGGGCACAAGUGCGGCGGAUAGGAAGAGCUUUGCAGCUUCGACUGCUCGUAUCAAUAAGUGGGACUUCGAUAGGAUUAUCCCGUGUCAUGGAGAUGUGAUUGAAACGGGUGGGAAGAGCGUGUUCCAGAAGGUACUGAAGUGGCACCUCGACCUAGCGAGGCAAGAGGGAUUCAAGGACUCGUAAAUAUUGAGUCGCAAGCAGGUCCAGGACGUUGAGGUGUGGAGUGCGCAUCGAAAAGAGUCGAACUGUGGCGUGGCGUUGCUGAGGGUGGUGUAAGUUGAA